AUGGCUCGACUCAAACAAGCACCAAGAAAAUCCACUCAUUUGGCACCUAAAGAAAAUCACUUUCAUAAUAUUAUGAAAACCUAUAAAGCCUUACAGAAACUCCAAGUUCAAUCCAAAAUUACAGGAGGAAUCAAAGAACCUCGAAACUGGAGACCGAGUUCGAGUGUACUAUUGGAUAUUAGAAGAUAUCAAAGAACAACAAACCUGCUUAUACCAAAAAUGACAUUCCAAAGGAUUGUUAAAUCUAUUACAAAUACAAAUUUUGCUGGAAUAAAAUUUCAGACAGCUGCAUUGCAUGCGCUACAGGAAGCGUGUGAGGAAUUCGUUAUAAGUGUGCUAGCAGAUACAAACCUGUGUGCACUGCACGGGAAAAGGGUAACAAUUCUGCCAAAGGACAUGCAGCUGGCUCUAAGAAUAAGAGGAAAGAAUAACUCUGUAUUUGCUUCACAUGAGGAAUGAUAAAAGCAAAAUUGGUACCAUGGUGUCAUGCUUAUUCGUGUGUUUUAUCGCUUUUAAAACGUAUUAUUCUUGUUUCAAGUUGUACAUGAAACUAAGAGAAAAAUAUUUCAAUUUAUUUCAAAUUUAUUGAAUAAUACUUAAUA